AUGUCCCCCUUGUGGGUGUCGCAAAAUGGGAUGUUUCGGCUGGAUAAUCGUUACGGAGUUUACUACUUCUUUGGAGGUGAACGCCCAUGCCUCGACGCCGCACAGAUGUUCUUCUUUAGGAAGAAGCAAACCCCCGCAGAGGGGGCAGAAGGGGAGGAGAAAAAAGAAAAGGCCAAGGAGGAUGAUGUGGUAACCCAAGAAAAGGCCCCAGUUAAUAACCCCUUUCAGAACAUCCAAAAGGGUAGCCAGGAAGGGAAGACAGAAAACGAUUUGCUGCAACAUGACAUUGAAAAUGAAGGCGAAAGUAAAAAGAAAAAAGAAAAUAAAAAAAGCUUAGAGGGGAAGGUACUCUCAGGGGAGAAAAAUGAGAAAGAGCUAUCCACCCAAGUGGGGAAAGCCGGAAACAGUGAACAUACAAACGGACAAGCAACACACAGCAAAGUUGCACGAGAAGAAGGGACACCCCCUAGUAGUAACAACAUCCGGAGAGACACAUACAGAUUGUUUCCCACCGGAAUGAAAAAGAAAAAAAUCAACCUGUAUAGCUCAUCCAGUUCGUCAGACGCCUCCUCAAAUGAAGACCUAUUUAUCGGUAAAAGUAAAGGAAAAAUGGAGACCCUCAAAGGGGGGAAAUACAACCAAAGUAGGAAGGACAGAAGGGAGGAAUCCCAACGAGACAACCACGUCAGUAAUGGUACCACUACCACGAACCCAGUUAGUGGUAACAGCAAGAUUUUUGCCAACGUCGCUAGUGGGGGUGAGAAACUGAUUUUCUUAACAAAAAGGGACAGAGAAGAAAUGAAGAGAAAGGCGGAUAAAAGAGAAAAUGAAAAAAUUCCUAUGGAGGAAGAAGACCAUCCAAGGGGGAAGUUCCGGGGGAAGGAGGUCGAAGACGCAAAGAGGAGGAAGAGGGAGAUCGAUACGAAGACCGACGCGAAGGAUGACAGGCAUAGGGUAAGGAGGAACUCCGAAUCGAAUGAGGAGGUAAGGAGGCGGAAGUUGCCAAAUGGGGAUUCUACCGAGGAGCAAAACGAUGGAAGAAGCAAAACGGUUAUGGAGAGCCGUUUCAGCGGGACCAGUACAUACACGAAGGUUGAAUCGUCCCUGGCGGAGCUGAACAUGCUUAACAUAAGCGCCAUCGAACGGGAAAGCCAAAGGGAAAAGGAAUUAGAAAUAAUAAAGCAGCAAUAUUUAGGAUUAAAUAAAAAGAAGAAGAAAAUGCAAAAACCGUCGGAAAAGUUUAGGAACAUUUUCAACUUUGAAUGGGAUCAAUCGGAGGACACCUCCAGAAAUGACACGAAUCCAUUAUACCAGAAUAGACUGGAACCGCAGUUGCUGUUUGGACGGGGGUACAUUGCAGGUAUAGACGUCAGAGAGCAGAGAAAGAAAAAUAAUUUCUACGAUAAGUUAGUGCAAAAUAGGAUUAACUUUAGUGUGAAGAAAGGAGCUAUGGAGGAUAGUUCCCUCAAGAAGGAUCUCCACCAUAGGGGCGGCACAAAGACCAGUAGCAACAGCGAGCAUGCCACAUCUAACCAUGUAGGUAUGUCAGAUCUGGCGAACACACCGAACCCAAUGGAGCAUCUAACGAACCCAAAUAAUCACUCCCUAAGUAGAAGCAAAACAGGGGAAUUCAUCUACGAACCGAAGGUGAACAACAUCAUCGUAGAUGUGCACAACAAGCACUGGAGUGAGAAGAAGAGAGAAGAAAUGACAGACAGAGAUUGGCGCAUUUUUAGAGAGGACAACGAAAUAUACAUAAAAGGAGGAAUCGUGCCAGCACCUAUUAGACGAUGGGAAGAAUCCAACCUUUCGAACGAUUUGUUAAAAGCUAUUAAAAAAGCAAAGUAUGAAAAGCCCACUCCGAUUCAGAUGCAAGCUAUACCGAUAGCCCUCGAAAUGAGGGAUCUAAUUGGAAUCGCAGAAACGGGUUCAGGAAAAACAGCCGCAUUUGUUUUACCUAUGCUUUCUUACGUGAAACAACUCCCCCCAUUGACAUACGAAACGUCGCAGGAUGGGCCCUACGCUUUAAUUAUCGCGCCGUCCAGGGAGCUAGCCAUCCAAAUUUUCGACGAAACGAACAAGUUUGCUUCGUAUUGCUCAUGUAGAACCGUAGCAGUGGUGGGAGGAAGGAACGCAGAGGCACAAGCAUUUGAGUUAAGAAAAGGAGUGGAAAUUAUUAUAGGGACCCCGGGAAGAAUACAAGACUGCUUAGAAAAAGCAUACACCGUGUUGAAUCAGUGCAACUAUGUAAUCCUGGAUGAAGCAGAUCGAAUGAUGGAUAUGGGGUUUGAAGAAUCCGUGCAUUUUAUUCUAGACAAAAUACCAACGUCCAAUUUGAAGUCAGAAGAUGAGGCGUUAGCCUUACAGGAAGAAAUGAUGGCAAAAGCUGGGCAUCGACUCUACAGACUGACGCAAAUGUUUUCUGCGACGAUGCCACCAGCGGUGGAAAGAUUGUCUAGGAAGUACCUGCGAGCACCAGCAUAUAUAUCCAUUGGAGACCCCGGAGCUGGUAAACGAUCCAUAGAACAAAAAUUAGAAUUCACUACGGAAGGAAAGAAGAAGCAGAAACUGCAGGAAAUUCUAGAAGUGCAUGAACCUCCGAUCAUCGUUUUUGUGAACCAAAAAAAAGUGGCAGACAUUAUUGCAAAGUCGAUUAGUAAAAUGAAAUUCAGGGCAGUUGCUCUGCAUGGUGGUAAGGCACAAGAAUUGAGAGAACAAACACUGAACUCUUUUAAAAAUGGAGACUUCGAUAUUUUAGUGGCAACAGAUGUUGCUGGAAGAGGUAUCGAUGUGCAGGGAGUCAAACUUGUUAUAAAUUUUGAUAUGCCCAAAGACAUCGAAUCGUACACACAUCGGAUUGGACGUACUGGCAGGGCUGGACAGAAGGGAUUGGCAAUUUCGUUUAUAACGGAGCAGGAUUCUCACCUGUUUUACGACCUGAAGCAGUUCCUCAUAUCGUCGAAUAACAUCGUGCCCAUGGAGCUGGCCAACAACCCUGCCUCGAAGGUCAAGCCUGGCUCGGUCAUGCACACCCCGAAGAAGGCCCCGGUCGUGUUUAAGGGGUAA